UCUACGUUGAUGAGUACAGAGUCCGACCUCCCUGGCGGCAACGAUUUCCACGAUGUAACGCAAAUAUUUCUCGACGCGGCUUCUGAGAUGCCGCCUGGCGAAAUCAUCUUCCGUGAAGGGUUUACCCUCCAUGACGCUAUGAGUGCAUUUGAGAUAGGAGAACCACGGCUCGACAGCGGGAUGGUCUUAGCAGAACAACAACGCCCUCCCUUCGACCCAUGGGCUCCGCUUCUCCCUGAAGAAAUUUGCUGGAUCAUCGACCGCUCUUUCUCUCUGGAGAUGUUGUUUCAUGCUGGCAACCCCCUUGCUCACACUGUGUUUACUUCACUGUACUCGGUGGCCAUUCUCGACCUUCACCCGGAUUUGGCACCGUACGGAGAGGAUCCCGAGUCCCACCUAAUCACGAUCGUUCUUCGGGCAUCCAUUUCAGGAAUGCUAAAGUGCUGCGACCUUUCAUGGCGCGAAUUGUCUCAAGGCCACAUGUAUGAUACAGAAGACUGGCAGAGCGAUAAAUGUGAAACCUCACUAUUGGAGGGAAUGUCGGUGCAAAAUGCUCUGUUGGGGUUGGACAAUGCAACAGGCUGGCUCAUACGGACAAGACAAGUUCCAGAGCCAUGGCUGACUGCACUUGUUGCCCGACUGAAUCUUCGCAAAUCUCUUCUCCAGUUGAUGGACACUAAUGUUUUCCGUUCACCUUCCAACUUCAUGCAACUCAUAGGUGUUGCGCGCAAUCAUCUCAAGACAGUCCAGUCUUAUCCGUCUCCCGAACCCCCCGCCAGCUCAAUCGCGCAUUUCGCAUUCGACCCCUACGUUGCCCGCAAGCUGAAUAGCUCAGUACCCAUACGUGUUAUCCCAGUCCCCCAAAUGUCUUCAACUUGGUCUGCACUCGAGUUAUUGCUAGAUGGCUGGGACGAGAUGCGUCUACUGUCUUCAACAAAUGCACUUGCGUCAUGGGAGACCGCUGGUUUACUUCGCGCAUGGUCGCCAAAUCCACCAUUGCGUGUCCCGUAUAUUCGUUCAGCCACACAAUCCGUCUUUUACAAUGGCCUGUUGGUGUUGAAUAAAUUCGGUCCCCAAUGGAUAUUCGACAGAUUCUUCUAUGAAACGCUCGGUGUGAGCCAACAAGCCGUGCUCACUUUCCUCGAAGAACAUUCAACCAGCCAAUGGCUCGCUUGGGGCGACCUUCAACGCGGACACUUCAAGCUUAUGACUGAGUACAUCAGGGCACUAUGGUUUAACCCAGGUCGAAGAAGACGAUUCUUGAUGAAGCUGCUUGUCGAGUUGCACGCAUAUUAUGCGAAAAUGCUGGAUAUCCAGUCGUCGAUGCCGGGUCUGUCUGUGACAGAAAUCAUGAGCCAUCUCUCCAGCUGUGUUCUGCUCUGGCGUCUCUCCGUCAUUCGCGACGUUGUCCUUUCUGGGUUCCAGCUGGAACUUUACACAGCUGAAGAGCGGUCCUUCGCAUAUUGGUACCUGUCCGAGGUCAUUGAGGCCCACCUCGAAUGCUUGGAUCGCCUGUUGUUGGCCGUGAACCCAGACUCGACUCCUGCCCGGGAACUGCGCUUCCAGCAUAGUUUCUUAACUGCACUACAAGCUAUGGCAUUGCCCAUGUUCAUGCUUUCUAUGUCUCUCAUGUCCUUUGAUUGGCAGCAAAUGAACGCAAACUUCCAUCGUCGAUAUAAAUGGGCAUUUUCACCUGAUUACGGCCUGGUGUCUGCUCCCGUCGUUGCACAACCAGACUUUGACCACUUCAUGGCCAAAUGCAAGGCGGCAUUAAAGUCCCCGGAAACGUAUUCGCCGGUCGAGUCAUUCACACUCGCCCACACGAUCUUGAAGCAGUUGGUUGAGGAGAGGAUGGUGGGUGGAUAUGCCGGAUUGUGGACUGAGGAUCGUAUCAAGUUGUUACAGGGCCUUGUCGAUGCCAGUGAGGACUUGGCUAAUGAUUUGCGUACGGCACAGAUACCAUCGUUCGACGAGGGGCUGCUCAAGUGGGAUCCAUAUAACACACCUUCUCCGUGGUUUCCUGUGGUUGACGAUGAAGGGAAAGAGCGGAGGCGAAAUCGUCGCCCACGGUCUGCGGCGAACUAG